AUGGGCUGGCCAAAGUGCAAUUCGACCGACGAGGAUUUGGCCAUCACCGAAGAGCCGAUAUGGCACGGGCAUACUUUCCAUACCAUCGGCCUCUGGGUCGCGGCGAUAUUCACCAUGAUUGCCCUGGCCGUCUCCUUCUUCCUGAUCCUCAUGCACGCCACGCAUUACCUGAAACCAUGGGAACAGAAGCACACCAUUCGCAUCCUCUUCAUGAUCCCCAUCUACGCCGCCGUCUCGCUCCUCUCCUUCUACUACUACCGGCACAGCGUCUACUUUGAAGUCAUCAGAGAUUGCUACGAAGCUUUCGCAAUUGCCUCCUUUUUCUCCCUGCUCUGCUCAUACCUCGCCCCCGACCUACACCAGCAAAAGAUCUAUUUCCGAACAAUCACCCCGAAGAAAUGGGUGUGGCCCAUGAGGUACUUUCAAAAGUGUACAGGGGGUGCUGAGAAGGGGUUGUUGAGGACACCCAAAAGUGGGUUGACAUGGUUUAAUGUGGUUUGGGUCUCGAUUUUCCAGUACUGUUUCAUCCGCGUUCUCUUUACAAUCAUAUCGGUCAUCACGCAAGCCGUCGACCUGUAUUGCCUCGAAUCACUCAGCCCAGCCUUCUCUCACAUCUGGGUCAUGAUUUUCGAGACCAUCUCAAUCACGGUCGCCAUGUACUGCCUAAUCCAAUUCUACAUCCAGAUCAAGGAUGACAUCCGGCAGCAUAAACCUCUCCUGAAAAUCACGGCCAUCAAACUGGUCAUCUUCCUCAGUUUCUGGCAGACCAUUGCCAUUUCGGUGCUCACCAGCGUCGGUUUUAUCAAGGCCACCAAGCGCAUUCAAACCCCCGAUAUCAAAGUGGGCAUUCCAGCGAUGCUGUUGUGCAUUGAAAUGGCCUUUUUUGCCAUCUUUCACAUAUGGUCUUUUAGCUGGAAACCAUAUGUGAUUGGUUCCAAGGAGCAAAUGUCUGACACUGUCCCCGGUGACGGGUCCGAGCGCAUGACGUACAAAGGGGGCUUUUUGGGUAUCAAGGCCAUUUUUGAUGCCUUUAACGGCAUGGAUAUGCUCCGAGCCACGGGUCGGUCGGCGAGAUGGCUGUUUAAGGGACGCAAGACUCGCCACAAUGAUCCCAGUUACGACUUGUCGAGGAAAGAUACGGAGGGCAGCGAUUUUGGCGCGAGUGGCCAGAAAUUGGACACCUUGAACCACCCGAUUCCCUACGCGGGGGCAGCAACUAAGCCGCCUCGUUAUAACGGUCUCGGAGACGAAGAGGGUGCCACGUUGCUCGCUAACAGCCAGAGUAUGCCAACAUCACAGCCGCCGAUUGUUGAGGCAGGAAGUGAUGGGGGACAUGAUUUUUACGACGCGAACAAUGUGAGCGACAUUGGACUCGCAUCGAGCUAUGACGACAAAUAUAACGGUCGAUAUGACAUUCCGUCAGAUCAUCCACCGACGCAGCAGGCUUACAUGCCUUAUCCGGGAUCGACUGGGGGCCAGGAGAGCGGGGUGGUUUCGGUGCCGUAUCCUGUGUCGAGGGCGGGAGAAGAAUCCAGCUCACACUUGGGAGGCGGCCAGGACAGCCGGAGAUUAUACAUGCCCCCUCCACGGAGUCCAGAUCCGAACAUGAGGAGACCAGACGGUCCAGACGGAGUUGGCAACGGGGGCUUCUUCUAA